CACUGGGUACAAAUGUAUUUUAGACCUCAGGAACUCCAGGAUUCAAAGACAGUACUGCCAGGAUUUUAGGUGACUUUGUAGGUUACCAUCUAGAGGUGAAGAUCUUUCUCGAUAGUGGGAGUAAAACGCUCUUGGAGAAGGGUAUAUUUAGGCUUCUCCAGGAAAGUGAGGCUGCCAUGGCUCUGGAGAAGUCCCUCGUCCUGUUCCCACUGCUGGUUCUGGCGCUGCUGGUGCUGGAGUGGGUCCAGCCUUCCCUGGGCAAGGAGUCCCCGGCCAUGAAGUUCCAGCGGCAGCACAUGGACUCGGGCAGCUCCUCCAGCAGCAACUCCACCUACUGCAACCUAAUGAUGAGGCGCCGGAAUAUGACAAAGGGACGGUGCAAGCCGGUGAACACCUUUGUGCACGAACCCCUGGUAGAUGUCCAGGCCGUCUGCUUCCAGGAAAAUGUCACCUGCAAGAAUGGGCAGACCAACUGCUAUAAGAGCAACUCUAACAUGCACAUCACAGACUGCCGCCUGACAGGCGGCUCCAAGUACCCCAACUGUGCAUACCGGGCCAGCCAGAAGGAGAGACACAUCAUUGUGGCUUGUGAGGGAAGCCCAUAUGUGCCUGUCCACUUCGAUGCUUCUGUGGGGGACUCCACCUAAGGUCAGAGCAGCAAGAUGCACCCCCCCCUCAUCAUUUCGACACCUGCCUCUCCCCAGUUCCUUCCUUGCCUGAAAGAAAUAACUCCAGUUAGGGCUCCUCUUCGACAUGCACAUGCUUCCCUCUCCCGAGUCUGGCUCCUGCAUGCUUUUGGGGUGAGGAAUGGGUUGUGAGGUGGGCUUCAUGUUAACCCUUUCACUGCUUCUUUCAAUAAAACAGUUGCAAACACCUA